UGUUUUCAGUAUUUUUCAAGGUUGGGACUGGACUCGAUUUGUCGAUAACCUGAAACAAACAAGAAUUUUGUGCGAUUUUUUCUCGUUCCGCGUUCCUUCAGGCUUCAUGAAAUUUUACCGCAUAAUGUGCGAAUGUGAAUUGUGAUGUACAGUAAGUAAAAUUUUCUAUCAACUGCCGCGUUAUUGAAGACUGUAGCGCAAGCUUGUUGGCGUCGUAGCAAAGUUUCAUUAUGUCUUCGUGGUUCUCGAAAAUCAGCAAUAUCUUCAAAUUGGAGCAAAAUCCUCUGAAAGUAAUCGAAGUAAAACAAGAAAAGUAUUCCGAUCGUCUUGUACAUAGUCGCGAUAAUGGUAUUCUUCUGUAUGGACCCGGUGGUAAAGAGCAGGAAUUCUACGAAGUACUGUUGCUUCGACCAUGUAACGAAAGCAUGUGUACUGCUUACAGUAUAUUCCGUUCACCGGACAUCAGCGAAGCCGAAGUGAAAUUCAUAACGUAUAAGGAUAAAAUCCCAGUGUUAUUGACCGUUUACAAAGAUGCUUGCAAAGUAGAUAGUUUACAAAAAAUAUGCGACGUUUUGAACGAGAACCCGUCGUGGACGGUGGCUCAUAUCGCCAUACAGUUGAAUUUACUCGAUGUUCUCUCUAAGCCGGAAAUAAAAAGUGAGUUAUGCAAUCCAGACCCAAUAAGUGGCUUGUAUCCAAUACAUCUAGCUGUGAAGAAUGCUAAUCUAUCGGCCAUUAAACACCUUCUCAAAGCUGAUAUACCUUUGAAUGUACUCGACCAAGAAGGUAACACAGUGCAUCACUAUGCAGCUGAAACGAACAAGGAUAUUGUUUCGAUACUAUCCAGUAAAGCUACGGAAUGUUUAAAUUAUCGCAACGCCAGCGGAAAUACGCCCCUUCAUGUAGCAUGUCGAGCCGAUAAACAAGAUUGUGUCAAAGCUCUUUUAGUGGCUGGAGCAGACGUGAAUGUCUCUUCGAAGCCUCUCACCUCUACCAAUACUUUACUAGCAGCAAAUAUCGGAAAAGUAGUAAAAGAUCAUGAUAGUAAAUUGCACGAAGAUGAUAUUAAAUUUGGUGGAACGCCUCUACAUUGGUCUUGCUCCAAAGAAGUGAUUUGUGAUCUAGUCGCAAAUAACUGUGAUUUAGAUGCUGUAAAUUUUAAUGGACAUACCGCUCUGCAUAUAAUGGUUCUUAGAGAAAGAUUAGAAUGUGCGAUUGCUUUAUUAAGUCAUGGUUGUGAAGUAAACGCUGAAGACGAAGAUGGUAAUACUCCUUUGCAUUUAGCUGUCCAAAAAAAGAACGUACCGUUGAUCCAAGGCUUGGUUAUUUUCGGUGCUAAAUUGGAUAGCAGAAAUAAGAAGGGUGAAACUCCUCGACACCUGGCGGCAAAUAAUAUAAUGGACAUUAAUGCUAGAAAAUCUCUGUAUACGUUACACGCCGUGGGCGCUGCUCGUUGUGGUUCCAGUGAUUAUGAAAAAUUGAGAAAUUGCACAGCUGGAUGUCACCCAUCUGGUGAAGAUUGUGGGGUAUCUCCUCCGGAACCGAAAUCAUAUCCGGCGAGUUCUAUUUUAGCUCUAUAUGAACAAGAUUUACGUCGUCAUCAUUUGAAAGGAGGUCGAAUAUUGUGCCUUGAUGGAGGUGGCAUCAGAGGGUUAGUUUUGAUUACAAUAUUAUUGCAUUUAGAAGAGGCUGCCGAACAACCAAUACUUGAUUGUUUCGACUGGGUUUCCGGGACAAGUACAGGAGGCAUAUUAGCUCUCGCGUUAGCCGCACAAAAAACGUUAAGGAAAUGUUUAUCGUUAUAUUUUCUGCUGAAAGAACGUACCUUUUGCGGUAAUAGACCAUAUAACAGCGAACCUUUGGAGUCUAUGUUGAAGGAAAUUUUCAGUGAUAUGAAAAUGUCAGAUAUUAAACAUCCUAAAUUAAUCAUCACCGCUUUACUAGCGGAUAAUAAACCGGCUGAUAUGCACAUGUUUCGCAGUUAUACGCCUCCUUGUGAUAUUGCUUUUCCGCACAAAAUACAGCCUAAUGGAUUUCCACCGUUACCACCACCCGAUGAACAGCUUGUAUGGAAAGCGGCUCGAGCUAGCGGUGCUGCUCCGUCGUAUUUCAGAAUGUUCGAACGUUAUUUGGAUGGUGGAUUAAUAGCUAAUAACCCUACGCUGGAUAUUUUGACCGAAAUACGAGAGUACAAUUUGGCGAUGAAAUACGUUGGACGAGAGUCCGAAGCUCACGAACCUACAGUAGUGGUAUCUGUGGGUACGGGUUCUAUUCCGGUUACAGAAGUUGAAAAUAUCGAUGUAUUCAGACCAGGUAACGUGGUCGAUGGUAUUAGACUCAUUAAAGGAGCUAAUGCCUUGAAAACAUUACUCAUCGAUCAAGCAACCCUAGCAGAUGGACGUGUUAUUGACCGAGCUAGAGCAUGGUGUCACUAUAUAAACGUUCCCUAUUUUCGAUUCUGUCCUCAAAUGUCCGAAGAAAUUAAUAUGGACGAAAAGGACGACCAGAAAUUGGUGAAUAUGUUAUGGGAAACUAAAGCCUAUAUGAUCGCACACCACGAAGAAGUACUGAAACUGGUGCAUUUAUUAAAAAGUUAAUCGCGUUUAUUUUCUAUUACAUACCUACGUGCAUAUUUUAAUAAAAGGGGCCAUAAUUAUAAUAUUGCUGAAAUUAUCACUUUUAAGGCAAUCGUAUUACGGUUAUUCUCAAUUCAUUUCGUAAUUUUGUAUUUUUUAAGAUAUUCUCGGUGUUUUGUAUUUUUCUAGGAGAAAAAUUUGUUGAAAAAAAAUCAGACUACCUAGUUGAACAUUUUUCAUCCGAUUUUUACUCCAUAAGUAUUUUAUUUAUUCACAAAUUAAUAUCAUUUUGAUGGAUUUUGAAGGGAGGGGCUUUUCUGAAGGAACUAUUCGUUGUGUUUCUUAUCUUACAUGUUUUGUUGAUUUCCUGUUUAAUUUUUUUAAAACUAUUUUUACAUGGAAUCUUUGAUAUUUUCAAUUUUUAUAGCAUUCAGGAUACUCGUGAAUCUUUGCAGGGUUUCUCAAAAUUAUUAUUCUCAUACGCGAGUUCGUAGGCAAAACGUACCUUUGUGUAGUGGCUUUAAUUAGAGUAUUAUAUGUUGUAAUUGUUUCUGUCAACCGUGUUUUGUUCAACGAUGAUACUGUGAUGAGGUCUCAUGUAUUUUUUUCUUUUUUUGUGUUGAUUUUUUGUUUUAUUGCGGAAAUCUGAAGUUUUCUGUUUUACUAUUCCGCUCAUUAUUUAUGUUAAAGAUUAUUUUACUGAAUACCUAUUUAUUAUUGUUUUCAAUUGAAAUAUACGUUUAUAACGUGGGUA